GCGUGGCGGCGACUUCGGGAUUUAUGCUUCCCGGCCACUCCGUCGCCAAUAUCCGGGACCCGCCCGGCUUCUUCGGACUCUGACUCAGCCCGAGGCUGCGUCUCCAUCGAUGAAAAGGAAGGCGGCGUUCGUUCGAACAUGGCAAAAGCCUCCAAGUUCCUCCGCGAAACGAUGCUUUUUUCCUGGCUGAACAUACUCCUUGUCUUCGUCCCAGUCGGCCUUUGUUUGUACUUGUCUGGCGCCAGCCCAGUCCUGGUGUUUGUUUUCAAUGGAAUCGCCAUCAUACCACUGUCAUCCUUGCUCACCGGGGCAACCGAGAGGAUUGCCGACGAUGCCGGAGACACGAUAGGAGCGUUUUUGAAUAUCAGCUUGGGAAAUAUUGUCGAGUUGAUUCUAUUCGUCGCCCUCAAGCACAACCAGAUUCAUGUUGUGCAAGCGUCUAUUCUUGGUUCCAUCCUUGUUAAUCUGCUAUUGAUUCUUGGUACCGCGCUGUGUGUUAAUGGGCUUUGGCACGACCUUCCUGUUCUAAAUGUCGCGGAGACGCAACUCUUGAGCGGUCUGCUAUUUGUAUCAGUAUUUGUGUUUCUCAUACCGGUAGGUCAAAAUCAAGGUGACAUAAUUGUAGUAUCCAGCUUACAACGAAAGGCGGCCUUCCACCACACCUUCAGUGGCGCAGAGGGCGCUAGCGCAGCAAUAUUGAAAAUGAGCCGAGCGUCCGCGUUGAUUGUAAUCUUCAUUUACAUUCUUUACUUCGUUCACGAGUUCAGAACACACUCCAUCACUCAGGGCUAUCAUUCCUCACCGAAGGACUCAUCUGACCUCGAAAGCUCGCCGACGUCCCCAGCUAGACACUCCGGGGGUGCCCGCCAGUCAUUAGAAGCGCUUAUCCCUCUUCGAAGCAUCCACCACGCAAACCGAGAUACAGAAAGUCGCCGAGAGGAAGAAGAGGUUGAAAUGAAACAGUAUGAGGCACAGUAUGACGAUGACGAUGACUUCGUGUCCUCGGGAUCCGAAAGCGGCAAACCAGAAGAAAAUUCGAACCGAACACAUUGGAAUCGUCGCGAAGAUGGCGAAAGAGUAACGUCUGACGACCCUCUGACGCAAAGUACCCGUUCCCUUCCGUUUUCUACAGCCGCCAACCCGAGAAGACCACAUCAACAUGUACCUUCUACAGGCGCAAGACAUCAAAGAAAGCCAAAACGGGGGCUGGCAAACUCACGGCUGUUUCGAAGGACUCGCGAAGGAGUCGACGACAUUGGAGCCGAGCAGACAAGACCCGAUAGAACGAUAUUGGAAAGGUUAUUACCCAUCUUCGUCCUCAUCAUUAGCUCCGCAUUGAUGUCAAUGUGCGCCGAAUUCCUCGUCAGUACAAUCGACGAGGUAACACAUCAAGGACACCUCUCAGAAACCGUCAUUGGCCUCAUCAUCCUACCCAUCAUCGGCAACGUUGCGGAGUACGUCACGGUAGUUACCGUUGCAGCAAGAGAGAAACUGGACCUCGCUGUUGCAGUGGCAGUCGGAUCGUCAAUACAAAUCGCUCUCUGCGUAGCGCCGUUGACGGUCAUUGCGAGUUGGAUUUUGUCUCGCGAGUUGAUCCUCGACUUCAACUUAUUCGAAGUAGCAGCAUUGAUGGGAACGGCUCUGCUGGUGAGCUUGUUCAUAUCGGGUGACGGGAAUGGCGUUUUGCGGGCUGGCAGCCUCAAGGGUGGUAUCAUGUGUGCGUGCUACAUGAUAAUAGGAUUGGGGGCGUAUCUGUCACCUGAGGUUGAUGGCUGA